CUGAAAUAUAUCCUUUGUGUCAAAACCGACUCUUCAUACUAAAGCCAGCUAACUUUAAUACUGUUUGUGAGAAUUCAGCACACAAAGUGGGCGAUCAGCUGCCAACAUUGAUGACUUCGCGUAGUUUUCAGAAUUAUCGUUAAAACAAGACAACAGAUUAGAUGUUACAAUAUUGCGUCUACACUACAGAUUCAUAGCGAUAACAGAAAAGACAGCGUCAAGACCACGACGUCAGUAGAGAGACUGAGAAUUGGCUGGAAAGAAGUGUGACUUCAGCAAACCUCCAAGGGCAGCCAAGAUGUCUCGGUACCUGAGACACUUCACAGCGGUGGGUGAUGAUGAGCACAGUAUCGCCCAGUGGCAGGAGGAAGAACUGCAUGAGGCCAGUGAAGAGCUGGAGCCAGCCACGGGCCAGGCCCAACAGCCUAUCACCUUCCGAGACUCCCUGCGCAAGUUGUUCAGCUCUGAUAAAUUCCAGAUCUCUGUGGUGUGUCUGGUGGUCCUGGAUGCUGUAUUUGUGCUGUGUGAGCUGCUCAUGGACCUGUCCAUCAUCAAAGCAGAUCAAGGGAGGAUCGCUCCACAGGUGUUUCAUUACCUGAGCUUGGCACUUCUCACCUUCUUCAUGGUGGAGCUGGCAGGCAAGCUCUUCGCAUACCGGCUCGAGUUCUUCAGGCACAAGUUCGAGGUGUUCGACGGGGUGGUGGUCAUUGUGUCCUUUGUGCUGGACAUUGUGUACGUGUCCAGUGAGGAUGCCUUUGAUGGCAUGGGCCUCCUCAUCCUGCUCAGGCUCUGGAGGGUGGCUAGAAUCGUUAAUGGCAUUCUGGUCUCAGUGAAGAGCCGUGCACAUCACAAAGUCCAGAAGCUGAAGGAGACCAACGAUCACUUAGUCCAGCAAGUCAGCGACCUCCAGCAGCUCAACUCCAGAAUGGAACAAGAAAACACCAGAUUGCGUACACUUCUCAAACAGCAUGGGAUUGAGUUCUGA